UGGCUGCCGGACACGCCCCGUGGCGCUGGGUCGGCAUAUGAAGCGUAGCAGACGAGACGUGAUGCUGGAUAAUCGAUACGGGACGACCGCGCAUUCGUUCAUCAUGGCUGUCGUACUUCACUUGCGAGUGGUUAACAUUAUUGUUGUUCAUUGCAUUGUCCUAGCGCUUUCGGUUGGCUACACUUUAUCAGCGGAACACAUCACAGUCUGCGAACCGGCGCGCGUGACGGCAUGCGUGGAGGACCUACGCAAGAUGUCCACUGACCCCAUGAAGGACCUUCAAGUGGCGGAGGACGUCGCCGGACUUGAGCAAAAGUGCAGGGAGAUGGAGGAGGCCCAGAAGUGUCUAGAGCGCGAGACGUCAUUCUGUCCAGACGAGAUACGUCGCAUCUACAUGAACUACCUGCGGCCGGUGACUGCCUCCUUCCAGGACCUCUGCAGCGACAGCGACACCAGAGAUGAGUACCUGAAGCACGCUCCCUGCUUCAGCCGCAUGUCUCGGCCCGACGGACCGUGCCGCGGCAAGUACGAGAGGCUGAGCAAGCUCGUCAGCUCCGAGAUGGACCUCACCCAGCAGAACAACAGCACGCUGCCCCAGUUCUGCUGUUACUUCUACGCCUUCUACAACUGCUACCGGGCCCAGACGGAGAAGCAGUGCGGCCCGGAGGCGUACCGGCUGUUCGAGCGCUACACGGGCUACUUGAGCAGCAGCCUGUUCACGGGAUCGUGCGAGAAGCACCUGAACCACACCGAGUGCGAUCCCGUCGCCUUCUCCACCACGACCGGCCGAGCAGCGGCCAUGGGGCCCUCGUUCGGGCCGCUCCUGCUGCUGGCCCUGCUGCACCGGCUGUCCUAGAUGACUCGCCGGAGUGUUGUAGCAAGGAGGACGUCCUUCUCAACGGCGUUUUUCGUGACGCACGCAGAUCCCACUCGAGUACCAAUCGCACCCAACGCUAAAGAACCGCGACGCCAAAGAGUCUCGAUUAUCUGGGAGCUCGUUUCUAAUUGUGAAAGAGGAAAUCGAUUCACGUGGACAUGACAGAAAGUGGCGUCAGGAAUUCGAUGCGCUACGAUCCUCCAAGGCGGCACGUGACACGAUCACGUGACCUUGUAGCAUCAGCAUUAGUCGGUGGCUGAAGUGGACCCAACGCUCCGGGAACCGGCGUC